UCCAGGAGGAAAGACUCCCGCUUUAUAGGAGAAUCUUUGACUGUGGGAUUCACACGUGCGUCGAGAGAGGGUUGCUCCACCGGGCGGACAGGGAACUUCAUAGAAUGGAGGCCCCACCUGUUAGUAUGAUGCCAGUCACUGGCGGUACCAUAAACAUGAUGGAACACCUGCUUCAAGGUAGCGUUUUGGAUCAAAGCUUGGAGAGUCUUCUUCACCGACUCCGUGGCCUUUGUGACAACAUGGAGCCCGAGACUUUUGUCGAUCACGAGAUGGUCUUCCUUCUCAAAGGCCAGCAGGCCAGCCCGUUUGUCCUUCGCACGCGACGCUCCAUGGACAAACCUGGUGCUCCUUGGCACUUGCGGUAUCUUGGACAGCCGGAAAUGGGAGACAAAAACCGCCAUGCCUUGGUGCGGAAUUGUGUGGACAUUGCCACCUCGGACAACCUGACAGACUUCCUGGUCGAAAUGGGCUUCCGCAUGGACCAUGAGUUUGUAGCCAAGGGGCAUGUGUUCCGCAAAGGCAUUAUGAAGAUUGUGGUGUACAAGAUCUUCCGCAUCCUCCUCCCAGGAAACACCGAUAACAUUGAGCCUCUGUCUCUCUCCUACCUUGUGGAGCUCAGCAUUGUGGCACCGGCGGGGCAAGACAUGGUUUCUGACGACAUGAGGAGUUUUGCUGAGCAGCUAAAGCCCCUUGUCCAUUUGGAGAAAAUAGAUCCUAAAAGACUGAUGUGA